ACGACUCCUGCUGAAACAUCCACCACUAGUGCAGCAGAAACGUCUACAACAACAGAGACUUCCACAAUCACGACUCUUGCUGAAACAUCCACCACUAGUGCAGCAGAAACAUCUACAACAAUAGAGACUUCCACAAUCUCGACUCCAUAUGAAACGUCCACCACUAGUGCAGCAGAAACGUCUUCAACAACAGAGACUUCCACAAUCACGACUCCUGCUGAAACAUUCACCACGAGUGCAGCAGAAACAUCUACAACAACAGAGACUUCCACAAUCACAACUCCUGCUGAAACAUCUACUACAACAGAGACUUCCACAAUCACAACAACUCCUGCUGAAACAUCCACCACAAGUGCAGCAGAAACAUCUACAACAACAGAGACUUCCACAAUCACGACUCCUGCUGAAACAUCCACCACUAGAGCAGCAGAAAAAUCUACAACAGACACUUCCACAGUCACAACUGUAGCUGAAACAUCUCUUAGUAGUGUUAAAGAAACAUCAAUAACAACAGCAACAACAACAGCAGUCACAACUCUUGCUGGAAUUACUACUGCAGGAUUUUCCACAACAGCUCCACAAACAACAUCUUCUGCAGUAACUUCUGUGAUCCCCACUUCAACCCCUACUGAAAGCACCACUGUCAGUGCAGCCACAACAUCCACAACACCAACAGCUACAACAACACAUCCUUCAACAGUGACAUCAACUGCUGCUGGAACUACUACUGCAGGAGUUUCCACAACAGCGCCACAGAAAACAACUACUGCAGAAACUUCUGUCAUUCCCCCUUUAAUCACUAUUGAAAGCACCACUAUCAGUACAGCCACAACAUCCACAACACAUCCUUCAACAGUGACAUCUACUGCUGCUGGAACUACUACUGCAGGAGUUUCCACAACAGCGCCACAGAAAACAACUACUGCAGAAACUUCUGUCAUUCCCCCUUUAAUCACUAUUGAAAGCACCACUAUCAGUACAGCCACAACAUCCACAACACAUCCUUCAACAGUGACAUCUACUGCUGCUGGAACUACUACUGCAGGAAUUUCCACAACAGCGCCACAGACGACUACUACUGCAGUAACUUCUGUGAUUCCCCCAUUAAUCACUAUUGAAAGCACCACUAUCAGUACAGCCACAACAUCCACAACACAUCCUUCAACAGUGACAUCUACUGCUGCUGGAACUACUACUGCAGGAGUUUCCACAACAGCACCACAGACGACUACUACUGCAGUACCUGUUGUGAGUGCUUCUUCAACCACUAUUAAAAGCACCACUGUCAGUACAGCCACAACAUCCACAACACAUCCUUCAACAGUGACAUCUACUGCUGCUGGAACUACUACUGCAGGAAUUUCCACAACAGCGCCACAGACGACAACUACUGCAGUAACUUCUGUGAUUCCCCCAUUAAUCACUAUUGAAAGCAUCACUAUCAGUACAGCCACAACAUCCACAACACAUCCUUCAACAGUGACAUCUACUGCUGCUGGAACUACUACUGCAGGAGUUUCCACAACAGCACUACAGACGACAACUACUGCAGUAACUUCUUUGAUUCCCCCAUUAAUCACUAUUGAAAGCACCACUAUCAGUACAGCCACAACAUCCACAACACCAACAGCUACAACAACAGAACACCAACAGAUACAACAACACAUCCUUCAAUACCACAACAUCCACAACACCAACAGCUACAACAACAGAACACCAACAGAUACAACAACACAUCCUUCAACAGUGACAUCAACUGCUGCUGGAACUACUACUGCAGCAGUUCCCACAUCAGCGCCACGGAAAACAACUACUGCAGAAACUUCUGUCAUUCCCUCUUUAAUCACUAUUGAAAGCACCACUAUCAGUACAGCCACAACAUCCACAACACCAACAGAUACAACAACACAUCCUUCAACAGUGACAUCAACUGCUGCUGGAACUACUACUGCAGGAGUUUCCACAACAGCGCCACAGACAACAUCUACUGCAGUACCUGUUGUGAGUCCUUCUUCAACCACUAUUGAAAGCACCACUGUCAGUACAGCCACAACAUCCACAACACCAACAGCUACAACAACACAUCCACAAACAGCUACAACAACACAUCCUUCAACAGUGACAUCAACUGUUUCUGGAACUACUACUGCAGGAGUUUCCACAGCAUCACCACAAAUAACAUCUUCUGCAGGAACUUCUGUGAUUCCCUCUUCAACCACUAUUGAAAGCAACGCCGUCAGUACAAGCACAACAUCCACAACACCUACAGCUACAACAACAGGGCCCUCAACUACCACAACAACUGCUGCUGGAACAUCCACCACCAGUGGAAUAUUUAUCACAGCCGUGCCACAAACACAAACGUCUUCUUAUGCCUCAGUCACUGAAUCUUCAACAGCCUUCGGAAGUACAACAUCCAUACCAGGUCCUGCUACUAGUGGAGCAGUUACCAUGACAUCACCACCAACGUUUAUCUCAUUCUCUCCAUCAUCAAAUGCCUCUGAGAGUACAUCUGUUAGUACCAUUGAAACAUCUGCAACAACAACAACAACAACAACAAAAGGAUUCUCUGCACUAAAAACAGAAACUUCAGUUUUUACUUCAGCAACUCCCUAUUCAACUACCUUUAACACUACGACUGGUAGCACAGCUGGAACAUCGACAAAUUCAUUUGCCUCAACCACUAAAAAAACCACUCUCUCAACCACUAAUGCAACAACAACAAGACCCUUGACAUCUACAUUUAUAGUGCCUACGACUACAACUACAAAAAUUGUACCUGUGUAUCUAACAGAUCUGGUGUUCCGCUCUUUUGACACAUUUAUAGUUGAACUCAAUGAUUCAAACUCGCAGGCCUUCAAGUCAAGAGCUGAGUUUGUCAGAUCUCAGCUUAGACCAAUCUACAGAGCAAAAUAUCCUUCUUUUAUCGAAGUGAUCGUCUUGCGUUUCAGGCCAGGGUCAAUCAUCACAGAAACACAACUAGUUUUCAACUCCACACAAUCUGUUCCAACCGUUCAAGAGAUUUCAGACACCCUCUUUACAGCAGUGAUAACAGGAGAUGUCAACCCCCUGAAUAUAACUCCUUAUUCAAUUUCAGUCAAUGGUUCGGUUAUAAACAUGACUACUUCAACUACAGCAUCAACAACAACAACGGCGACAACAGCGAUGACAACAACAACAACAACAACAACAACAACAACACCGACGACAACAACAAGACGCUUGACAUCUACAACUAAAGUGCCUACGACUACAACUACAAAAUUUGUACCUGUGUAUCUAACAGCUCUGGUGUUUCGCUCUUUUGACAUAUUUAUAGUUGAACUCAGUGAUGUAAACUCUCAGGCUUUCAAGUCAAGGGCUGACCUUGUCAGAUCUCAGCUUGAACCAAUCUACAGAGCAAAAUAUCCUUCCUUUAUCAGAGUGAUUGUCUUACGCUUCAGUCCUGGGUCAAUCAUCACGGAUACACAACUAGUUUUUAACUCCACACAAGCUGUUCCAACCGUUCAAGAGAUUGCGGACUCUCUCUUGACAGCAGUGGAAACAGGAGAUGUCGAUCCACUGAAAAUAAUCCCUACAACAGUUUCAGUCAAUGGUUCAGUUAUAGCUACGACUGUAGCUGCAACUACAACUACAACUAAAACUGCAGCUGCAACUACAGCUUCAAGUGGACUGAAGAUUGAAUCCAGCCUGCUCCAAGCAACAUGGCUUAUUAUUAUGGCAAAAAUAUUACAGCUUUUCCUAUAGAUCCCUUAACAAUGAAUGCAAGUUGCGAGAAAUGCAAGGCAUGUGCAAGGCACGAAUUAUACUUGCAAAUUAUAAUAUUUUUGUAUGUGUAUUAGUAUGUGUAUUAUGUGUUAUUUAGUAUUGUAGCACACUCUCAAAAUAAUGGCAAUGGCAAUAUAAACACAAAGAAUGAAAAAAAAAAAAAAAUUAUAUAUCAAU